AUGGCAAUUGGAGCUGUAGGAAUACAGCAUUUUAAAUUAUGGGACGGGUUACCAACCCAACCCACACCCAAUCCGCUGCCAUUCUUAGAAGUGCCUUGGCCUGUUUAUUAUCAUACCCGGCAUAAAAAUAGAGAGAGCAGAAGAAACAGGAUACAAUUAGUUGUAGUAAUGGCUGCUCCUCAUGCCAUCGUCAUAACUUUUCCAGAGCAAGGCCAUAUCAUUCCCUUAAUAGCUCUCUCCCACUCCUUGGUUGCCCAUGGCUUCAAGAUCACAUUCAUCAAUUCUGAGUUCAACCAUGAGCGUGUUGUUGCUUCCUUGUCCCAGAACGGUGGUGAUGGAAUGGAAGGGAUCCAGAUGGUUUCCUUUCCAGAUGGAUUGGCACCUGGUGAAGACCGUCAUACUAGUGUCCAAAAGAAGAUUGAAGGCAUCAUGAGGGUCAUGCCUGAAUGUUUGGAGGAACUCAUAAAACAGAUAAAUGCAUCAGGAGGUGUCCGGGUUACAUGCGUUAUCACUGAUGGAGGUAUGGGGUGGGUUCUUAAAGUGGUGCAAAAGAUGGGAAUUCGGUCGGCUGCCUGUUUGCCUGCGUCUGGUGCGUUGCUUGCAUUAUUUAUGAGCGUUCCCGAGAUGAUACAGGACGGUAUCAUUCAUGCCGAGAUGAUACAGGAUGAUCUUGGAUUCAUAGAAGAUGGAGCCGCACACGUGUCCGACCUCUACGGAUAUCUAUCGGGAUUAAUCUCGAAUUUUUCUUCUCGUAGAAGAUUCUUCUUCUCAAAAAGAACUUUGAUCUUGAGGACUCUGAUCAACUCGUUUGAUUUUAACUGA